AUGCUUGUCCUCGUCGCCGGAGCAACUGGUAACCUAGGCCAAAAGCUAGUCACCAGCCUUCUCAAACACGGCCACCAAGUCCGCGGUCUAGGACGCAGCCCCUCGAAGCUAGACGCCCAUCUCGCAUCUCAACUAGAGUCUUUCGUCGAAAGCACAGCAUACCACGACAUACCCGCCCUCGACAAGGCCUGCGCUGGCGCCGACGCAGUGAUCUGCGCCUAUCUCGGCUUUCCAGAACUCCACCUCGAAGGCCAACUGUUACUCUUCAGGGCCGCAGAAAGAGCCAAUGUGAAGAGAUUUGUCGCUGCGAGCUGGUGCUACGACUGGCGCCGCAUGUCACUGGGGCAACAGGACAGUUACGAUCCCGACAUCAGCUUCAGGCACCACGUCGAGAUCAGUUCGAGCCUGAAGCCGAUUUGGAUCUUCACGGGCGUGCUAGCUGAGGUCCUAUUUUCUGCUCCCGGGCGUGUUGACUUUACGCCUCGCAGCAACGGGGCGUGGGAUUCCAAGGGUCGGGUCGCGGAGGUUUGGGGCAAUCCAGCGACCAAGUUUGCGUGGACGAGCGAGGCUGAUGCUGCAGAGUUUACGGCUGCGAUUGUUAGUCUGCCUGAGACGUCGCCGUUGUAUGGUGAGCAAUUUUUCAAACUGACGUCUGGUAUUGAUGGCUUUGCGGAUAUUGCGAGGGUCUACGGGGAGGUGAGGGGGUGCGAGAUUACUAUCAAGCAGAUGGGGAGUGUGGAGGAUCUGAGGAAGAAGGCGUAUGAGGCGAGGGAUAAGGGCGAUAGGGCUAGGUGGUGGGAGUAUAUCAUGUUCUUUUACACGCUGCAUAUGUUGGAUGGGACGUGGGCGAUGGGAGAGCUGGAUAACGAGAGGGUGGGUGUCAAGGGAACGUCUCUGCGAGAGUUUCUGGAGGCUCAUCCGGAUUUGUGA